AUGUCCGCAGGUGUGUUUCGACCCGGUAGGGCCAGGUCCCUGGUCCUGGCCAUGCUGGCGUUGAUACUCGUGUGCACCGUCUACUUCUACAGGUCUCCGACAACCGCGUCUUCCACCGUCUCAGUAGUACCAAAUACCGCCUUCGAAGUCCCCCUCACAGAACGCCAAAAGGAUUUCUGGAAAGCGCUGCGACCGAUCAUCGAACGUCAUAACCCGAACUGCCCGGCUCCGGAGAAGCGAGGCGACGUUGCAGCACAGCACUUUGACCCCGCGAAAGAACAGCCGAGGCCAGAUCUGUCGGUGCUGAGCGAGGAGGAUGAACGGAAAAUGGAAGAGGCCCACGCGGCCUUCAUUGAGGAUAUCAAGAAUUCGGGCAAGGUGCUGAAGCCCAUCCAUACCCCCGGGAAGCGAGGACUGGUGUCGACGGCCGGGUCGACAUAUUUGCCCGUUUUUGUGUCCUCGCUACGGAUGCUCCGUCGCGCCGGGUCAACGUUGCCCGUGGAAAUAUAUAUGAAGGAUGCCACAGAACAUGAGAAACGCGUGUGCGAGGAUGUGCUUCCUCAGUUGGAUGCACGCUGUCUAGUGUUAGCGGACGUGGUGGGGAAGAAUGUCAUUGAGCACUACCAACUCAAAAUCUUCGCAGUGCUGUUCUCCUCCUUCGAGGAGAUCGUGUGGAUGGACGCCGAUUGUUUCCCACUGGGUAAACCCGAGGAUCUGCUCGACUCGGAGCCCUUCAAGACUCAUGGUUUAGUCACAUGGCCCGACUUCUGGGCCUCCUCGGCGUCCCCUCUGUAUUUCAGAAUCUCCCGGCAAGAACCACCUUCCAUGGCUGCGCGGCAGUCAUCCGAGACUGGCGCAUUCUUGGUGAACAAGAAAACUCACUUGCUGGCUCUCUUGUUGGCCUCGUAUUAUAAUUUCUACGGCCCGUCACAUUAUUUCCGUCUGUUGACCCAGGGAGGUCCAGGCGAGGGUGACAAGGAAACAUUCUUGCAAGCCGCUUCUGCGGUCGGUGCACCCUUCUACACCGUCAGUGAAAGAGUGCAGGCUAUCGGACAUGCCAGCCCGGGUGGACUGUCUGGAUCCGCGAUGGCACAGUCAGAUCCGCGGGAGGACUUUGCUUUGACGAAAGAAGACAAGUGGCGCGUUAAGGACGAGUCUGUCGCUCCCGCACCACACGUCUUCUUCAUCCAUGCCAACUAUCCCAAAUUCAAUCCUGGUGAUCGGAUCUUUGGACUAGGUUGGGAAACAACCCCUACGUUGAAGGAUGACGGGUCAGAUGGACGUGCCUGGACGGCACCUCCCGAGACCAUCGGACGAUUUGGUUACGACGUUGAAAAGGCGUAUUGGGAAGAAAUCAAAUGGGUCAGCUGUAAUCUUGAAACGGCAUUCAAGACCUGGGAAAACAAAGUGGGACUGUGUGACAGAGUCCAAGAGUAUUGGGGCCAUGUCUUUGCUGCGCCGCACGAUGAUGAUCCUAAAUUCACCCUUGAUGGUUGA